AUGUGCUCCUCGCGGGUGGCGGUCUCCGCCGCCGUGCGCCUCGUCGCGCGGCAGCAGCAGCAGCAGGCGCCGGCGCUGCGGCGCGUCUCCGCGCCCCUCUUCACCGCCACGCGGCGGUACGUUAACGCCCUGUACCGGGUUCCUCCGCUGCACACGGUCCCGACGCACAGCCCAAGCGGCGAGGAGGUCGACGCGGAGCUCUUUGUUCGCCAGGUGAAGGACCUCUUUGCCGCGCUGCGGCAGACGCAGCUGGUGGAGCAAAUACAUGAGAUGCGCACCUGCCCGUACUACGACUGCCUCUUCACCGCGGAUGUUAUCUUUCAGCACUACGACAUGGUGCUGCCGAUGCCCAAAUACGGCAGGGAGCACCGCAGCUCCGAAGUCAGCGAGACGCUGCGGUACCUGCGGGCCUGUGGAGCGACGGGCGACUUCAACCACAUUUUGCAGGACGUGAAGGGCGGUGUCGCGAGUGGUGGGGACUUUGUGUCCACCUCGCACGGCAUCCUCAUGGCCUACGGCACGGCCCGCACGAACAAGCUUUCCAUGAUGGCGCUCACGGGCGGUGGGGCGCCGAGUGAGGCCGCCGCCGCGCAGCAGCGGGCGCUGAAUGUGGUGCCAAUCGAAGUCGCCGCGGAUGCCCCACCACUUGCCGACUUCAUGGCCUUUGCCGGCAAACGCACGCUGAUCGUGCAGGACACGGUGCACGGCCGCAACGCGGCGGAGGCGGCGGCGCGCGGCAUUGCAAAGAUUCCGUGGCAGAUACUGCGGGUGGAGCCGGGGUGCAGCUUCCUCUCCCACCUCUGCGGCGUCAACGCGGUGUACGACGUGCUGGUGGAUCAGGACUACCCCGCCUCCAUGGAGCGCGUCGGCGAGGCCGGUCUGAACCCGUUUCCGGUGGAGUGGACGGAGCCGCGGAAGCUGGGCGUCACGAUGCGCAGCGUUUGCCUCGUCGCCCGCUUCGCCCGCGGGACGAUGAGCGCAGGCGGCUACGCCGACAGCGAUGGCCACCGCGCGGCGUCCUUCACCUACCACUCGCGCAACAUUGCGAAGAACAGCCGCCUCUUCCAAAACGGCCACCGCCGCCACGGCGACAGCGGGGCGCCGCUGGAGGCGCAGCUGCGCUCGGGGGAGCUGCCGGAGCCAGUCUACCAGCGCCCGCCGCGGUACGCCCCACCCAUGCAUCGCACCGGCGGUCUCAUGGCCUCCGAUGCGGGGCGUAACGACUGA